GAGAGAUCUCCUGAUUGUCGGGUUGAGAAGACUAACGGAUCGAGGGGAGAGAGAGAGAGAGAGAGAGCAAGCGCAGUUCCUGAAAAGGGCGAAAGGGGUGACCCCACGUGACUCGCUCCCUCAUCUCUGAUCUAAUCAUAGAUCAUUUGAGCGGAAAUGAAUUGUUUUUCCUCGGAUUUGCAGGACGAAAGUCAAAAUAGGGGGGAGGAGAUAUCGUAGUGUUGUGUCCACAAUGAGCGCUCAGAUCGAGAGAGCGACAAGCGGACGUGAAUCGGUAGUGUAAAAGCUGGGGAAGAUCUCGUGGAGAAUUGAAAGGGCCUCGCUGGGUCGUUACGUGUCUUCGCUUCUGAUCGCUUUCAGGUCUGUGCUUGCAGAAUAUCCAAUUACUAGCUUCUGCCAAUUACAAUGGGAGGCGUAAUUGGAAAAGGUGAUGCACCUAAGAAGGCAUGGGUACCUGAGACAAAACUUGAAGCUAAGAUGGUCGAAGCAAUGCAGAGGAGGGCAUCUGGAGGGAGCAAGAUGAAGUCGUUCAACAGCAUAAUUCUGAAAUUUCCCAAAAUCGAUAAAAGCUUUCGAAAAUGCAAAUCUAUAUUCGAACAGUUCGAUGAGGAUUCAAACCAUGUAAUAGACAAGGAAGAGCUGAGGCAUUGCUUUAAUAAGCUGGAGAUUUCUUUUUCGGAUGAGGAGAUCAACGAUCUUUUCGAGGCAUGUGACAUCAAUGAUGACAUGGGGAUAAAGUUCAAUGAGUUCAUCGUUCUUCUCUGCCUUGUACAUCUUCUCAAGGACGAUCCCACUGCCCAGCUUGCUAAAUCGAAGAUGGGAAUGCCUGACCUGGAAACCACGUUCGAGACAUUAGUGGAUGCUUUUGUGUUCUUGGAUAAGAACAAGGAUGGACAUGUCAGCAAGAGCGAGAUGGUUGAUGCCAUAAAUGAAACUGCAUCUGGGGAGCGCUCUUCUGGACAAAUUGCAAUGAAAAGAUUUGAAGAGAUGGACUGGGAUAAGAAUGGGAUGGUGAACUUCAAAGAAUUUCUGUUUGCCUUCACCCGUUGGGUCGGCAUAGAUGAGAUGGAUGACGAAGAUAAUGAUGAAGCUGGCGAAGAGAAGGUCUGAGUUGUGCGGCUUCGGAAUCCCAUGAUGUAGAACGCUUGCUGAAGGGACAAGGCCCAUCGCAUGGCAAUGUAUGGUUUCUAUAAUAAUCUUCGAGAUGACAUGAGUUGCAAGUGUGUGAUUCAGAGCGUAUAAUCUUGAGAGCUACGACUAGGAGCAUCUCUGGUAUAGCUGAUGAAUCUGAAACUAUCAAACUUGAUAAGAAGAAUUGCGUUGAGCCUUUGCAGCAUGCGAUUAUAAUCAUGUACUUCAUUCUCCUCUAUUUAUAUGGCAAAGAAGCAUUUUCUCAA